CUCCAUCUUCGACCAUCGAGUCGCUUGUGAUUCGUAGAAGAAGCUGACGAGGAGAUUGGAGGCGAACUUGAUAUCCGGCAGAGAUGGAAAAAUGCGUGUCACACUGGGAAUGGUAUUAGCAUAAUACUGGAAUUGUCGACAUUAGCGAAUUGAUUUUUCUCCAGCUGUGCUUACGUGAAUUGUCAUCUUCAAUAAGACUGCAAAGCAUGAAGCUUCAUUCAGUUGUCAGAUCUGCAUAUAUUCGGUUCGGUCUCCGGGGCAUUACAGGACCUUUGCAAUCACGCUCAUUCCAACAUGAUUUUGUCCCCAGACAUCCCAAGGCGAAGCCUAAGAGGUAUAAAUAUCCAGCUGUUUAUGAUCCUUAUGGCCCUAGACCGCCACCCUCGGAUAAAAUCAUACAGCUUGCCGAGCGCAUAGCUGGAAUGCCACCUGAAGAACGUGCCCAAAUUGGGCCUGCUCUUCAAGAGAGACUAAGGCAUCCCAAGAUGCAGUCGAUCUCUACCGAGGGCAUGGAUCUAGGCCCACAAGGAGGAGCAGGUGCAGGAUCUGCCAAGACCGAGGAGAAGAAGGCGGAGAAAACAGCAUUCGAUGUGAAGUUGGAGAAAUUUGAUUCAGCUGCAAAGAUUAAAGUGAUCAAAGAAGUGAGGGCAUUCACCAAUUUGGGGUUGAAGGAGGCUAAGGACCUUGUUGAGAAGGCCCCUGUUUUGCUUAAACAGGGUAUCACCAAGGAAGAGGCAAAUGACAUAAUAGAGAAAAUAAAGGCUGCUGGAGGAGUUGCAGUGAUUGAAUGAGUGCUCCAACUUAGAAUCAUUAUCAAGAGCUACAUCGACAAAGUGACGCGCAAAGAUGAUUUUUGGACUUUUUGUUGAGAUGUUCUCGACAAAUUACAGCCAUCUGAUGGAAUCGAGAAUUGCCGGAUGGCAUUCAAGCUGCGUUCAUCUGAAUACUUAGCUGGAACUUGCUAUAUGGGUAGGUAACUCACUUGAAUAUUUUGGUUUUAACAUGUUGUAGAAGUCUUCAUGAACCAUCGUAAUUUCCUUGCUAAAUGAGGAAAAAGGUGAAUUGCUGGUGCCAUUAUAAAGAACUGCUCCUUCUGGGGCUUGAUCCGAAUAUCAUGAUACUCUUGCACUGA